UACAAGCCAAACAGACGAUGAAGAUUAAUAAAAUAUAUAUUAUUCUUAUCACAUUAGGGCUUGUCCAUGCCAUUUCUCUUAAGGAACCUAUUUGCGGUUUGAAGCCAAAAAUCAAAAGAUGUAUAUUGCCUGCUAAUACACCUUUUACAUUUUAUUAUUAUAAUGCUACCACUAAUGCGUGUCAAAUAUUAAAAAAACCUUGUGAAAAGUUAGUCAGAAAAUUCGCAACCAAGGCGAUAUGUCAGAAGACGUGCCAGAAUUAAUUAUUCAGAUUUUUAAAUAAAAAUGGAUUGAACA